CUUCCACUAAGGUCAAAGGUGAAGUACCACAUGUGCAUGUGUGUACAUUGUGCCAUGGUAUUUUCUACCGAUUUUGUGGUUCUAAACCCGCAUUGAUUAACAUUCCUGUAGAACCACAGCGAGUACAAGUUUUUCUAGCACUACUCAGUCGGUUGGACGACAGAGAAGGAGGAAGAAAUGCCCGGAGCGAGCCAGAUCUUCGUGGGUUUCCGUGCCCUGGGUUACUACUCUAACCACGUUCCUCUACAGGUCCGCUACCAUCAGAAACAUCAGGAACACUACGUCAUUACAUGUGUGGGGAAGGCUUUCCACACUUAUAAUUGCUCCAAGCUGGGUAUUGUGAGCGUGAGUGACUCCCACCCUGACACCAUCACCUGUAUGGCUGUGGAUGCCUACCUGGUCUUCACAGGCUGCAGGAAUGUCAUCAGGGCCUUCGAACGGGGCAGACAGGUGAAGCACACCUAUGAAGGUCAUCAGAAGGAUGUUCAUCUGCUGCUGCCAUUCAGCAAUCACCUGAUCAGUGUGGAUGUGGACAGUGUAGUCAAGAUAUGGGACAUUCAGUCAGAAGAGUUAUAUCUGGAGAUGACAUUUGACAACAGGACGUUUGAGAUCUCUGCCCUGAUGCACCCCAGCUCUUACCUUAACAAAAUCCUCCUGGGCAGCAGACAGGGCAGCAUGCAGCUAUGGAACAUCCGGACCAAUAAGUUGCUGCAUACGUUUGAUGGCUGGGGAUCCCCAAUCACUGUUGUGGAACAGGCCCCUGCUGUGGAUGUUGUUGCCGUGGGAACAGAGAGUGGGCAGAUCGUGGUCCACAACAUCAAGUUUGACGAGACAGUAAUGAAGCUGUAUCAGGACUGGGGACCAAUCACAGCCAUCGGAUUCAGAACUGAUGGUCCUCCAGUGAUGGCUACAGGAAGUACUGUUGGCCACAUUGCAUUGUGGGAUCUUGAGGAGAGGCGGCUGCUGGCCCAGAUGAGAGAGGCUCAUGGGACAGCAGUGACAGGGCUGAAGUUCCUGCCAUCCGAACCCAUGAUGAUCACAUCAGCUGCAGAUAACUCAAUCAAGGAAUGGGUUCUGGACCAGUCUGAUGGCAGCGGCAGGUUGCUGAGGAUGAGGUGUGGCCACAGGGCCCCGCCCAACAGGAUUCGUUUCCAUGGCAACAAUGGGCAGAACAUCCUCAGUGCAGGUCAGGACAGCACCCUUCAGUCCUUUUCUACUGUACAUGACAGGCACAACAAGAACCUGGGACAAGCCUCCAUGAAGAGACAACAGGCUAAGAAGAAGGGUAUAAAGAACGAUGAGCACAAGCUUCCUUCCAUCAUGGACUUUGCCUCAGAGACGACCAGGCAGAGUGACUGGGACUCCAUUGUGUGCUGCCACAGAGGUCACAAGGUCGCGUCAACAUGGAACUACCAGAAGUGCACCAUGGGAAAACACAAGCUGGAGCACGACAGGUGGAAAACACAGAGCGACAUGGGAGUGGAGGCACUGGCGGUGACCAUCACAUCCUGUGGUAAUUUCUGUGUGGUUGCACAGAGCUCAGGACAUGUAGAUGUCUACAACAUACAGUCUGGUAUCUACAGGGGAUCAUAUGGAAGCCCAAAAGCACAUAAUACCUCUGUCAGGGGAGUGGCAGUAGAUGGACUGAACCAAGUGACUGUCACAGGGGCCGCAGACUGCAUGUUAAAAUUCUGGAAGUUCAAGUCAAAACAACUCCUCCACACUCUAGAACUGGACUCACCUGUGUCUCAAAUGGUGCUACAUAGGGAAAGCAACAUGCUUGCCGUAGCGUGUGAUGACUUCACAGUUGUUGUUGUGGAUAUGGAGACAAGGAGAGUGGUGAGGAGGUUUUCAGGACACCAGAACAGGAUCACAGACAUGACCUUUAGCCCAGAUGCCAGGUGGCUGGUGACAUCAUCAAUGGACUGUACAGUCAGGACAUGGGAUUUGCCAACUGGGAGCCUGCUGGACUGUUUCCUGUUAGAUGCAGCCUGCACCAGCCUGACCAUGUCUCCCACUGGAGACUUCCUGGCCACAGCACAUGUGGACGAUGUUGGCAUCUACCUGUGGUCCAAUGCCACCUUGUACAGCCAUGUGUCCCUCAGACCACUGCCCUCCACGUACCAACCACUGACCAUUGUCAUGCCAGGCACACGGGCCCCAUCUGAUGAUGAAGAAGAGGAGGACAUUGCGGAACCCGAGUCAGCCAAUGAGAUUCCAGCCUUCAAGUCACCUGACCAGAUCUCAGCAGAACUGAUCACCCUGUCUCUGCUGCCAGACUCCAGAUGGAAGAGUCUGACUAACCUGGAACUCAUCAAGAAGCGCAACAAACCCAAGGAACCUCCAAAGGUCCCCAAGGCUGCUCCAUUCUUUCUACCCACAAUUCCUGGACUGGAGAUCAAGUUUGCACCAGAGGAAGAGGGGCCAAAAGAGCCCUCUUCUAAGAUCAUCAACCUGAGCAGUCUUCAACCCCAAUCUGAGUUCCAGAGGCUGCUACAAGGGUGCAUGGAUAAACCUGACUAUGACACAGUCAGGAACAAGUUGCGAGACCUUGGACCAUCAGCUGUAGAUAUGGAGAUCAGAUCCCUGGCUCCGGAGGGUGGGGGGAGUGUGGAACUUAUGGAAGAGUUCCUUAAGUUCCUACAUCAUGUCUUCACAACAAGACAAGACUUUGAACUCGCACAGGCAUGGACAGGGCUGUUCCUCAAGGUCCAUGGCAGAGUCAUCACCACAGAACCACUACUACAGCAGCAAGCUCAGCAGUUAUUAAACACCCAGGAGUCAACAUGGCAACACUUGCAGGAGAAAUUCAACCAAAGCAUUUGCCUCAUCAACUAUCUAAAGAGUGCUACUCUGUAGUGCUGUCAAACUGUGCAAGGAAGGUCUCUGCAUUCCAUGGAGAUUUUUUUGAGACAGUGCUUUGUUAAAAUGUUCCAUAAUUGUUUAAUGCCCAGCCCUUUGAAAAGCAUCAUAUAGUACGUGUAACCUUGAUUUUUUCUCCAGAAAAAUGAGCUACGAGAUAGUGACAUCCCUUAUACUAGUAACUCACUGCCUGUAUUCCUGUUGAAAGUAGCUGUCUAUUACUAACUCAUGAAAUAUACAUGUAGUAUGAUGAUUUUUAUAGCAUUUGAAUAUUUAUUCUGUGCUGCAGAGCUUAUUUUAAUCUAAAGAACAAGAUGUACUGUUCAAUAGCCUUGUUUUGAAAGGAUUAAAAAGGAACAGUACCCGGGUAUU